AUGCGUUAACCAUCACUUUUUUCACCAUAAAAGCAAUCCAGAUAUGAAAAAUCAAAUAGUUCAACUGGAUUUGCUACAUUCUAAGCCACCGCUUAAAUGAAUACAAAAUAAUUGGCAGACUACAGAAGAGAUGUUAGAACUAAUGUUUCAUCCAGGGAACCCUUUGCUUAACCAUAGGAGAAAUCUUCCUCCUUAUUUGGUUCAUGGAGCAAAGCAGAAAAGGCAGUAUUAGAGCAAUAAAAGGUUAGUAGGAAAUCACCAAAAAAGUAAAAGUUGCUUGGAGGAUUAAAUUAUGAAGAAAUAUUCACUAAUAAAGGACCAUAAACAAAACAUAAUAAAGACAAAGUUGAAUAGCUUUUCAGGAGAUCACCUACAAACGAUUACUUUGAUAAUUCAUUUACAUCAUUCCCUAAACCAGCAAGAUAAAACACUCUUGGAUCAGGAUAUAAAGAUUCUCCGUAAAAAGCAAAAGAAAAAUUAGAAAGAUUCAAAAAUUGGGAUAACCGUUUAGAUGUUUAGUUGAUUCUCCAAAAUAAAUCAAUCACUAAUAAAACUUCUUCGACAGGAGACAAACCAGGGUUUUAUAAAUAUGUCAAUGAAGCCAAGAAAGGAUUGUUUGAUGACAAUCAAUCUAAUUUUCUAUAUCCUAAAAGCAAUAAGAAUAAUCUGUUUGAUAAUCAAAAACAAACCUUUUCUUUUAAGGACACAUUCAAUCCUCCUAAAUAAACUACAUUCUAAAGAAAUCACUCUCCUCAAUAGUCAACUAGAUAUGUAGAGAAGUUCCCCUUAACUGAUAUUGUUAGGAUGACUUCUCAUUUUUAAUCUUUAUCAACUUAGGAAGUCAAUUAAAUCCCAAGAGGAUACAUAUCCGAGCUAAGCAAUUUGGCUGAUAUUUUACAAAGAGUUGUCAAAAGAUCAAACAAUAUUAGUUGAGAUUAUAUUUCAUACUUA